AUGGACGUGAGCCAUUCCAUUCGUGAACGCACCAUCGCCGAGAACAGUCUGGUGGUUCUCCUGCAGGGUCUGCAUGGCCAGGUGACCACCGUUGACCUGCGAGACGAGAGCACGGCGAGGGGACGCGUUAUUAACGUGGACGCUUUCAUGAACAUCCGGCUGGAGAAGGUUCUGUACAGGGACAGACGUGGGCGCGUGUCCAGUAUGGACGACUUGUUCAUCACAGGCCGAAACGUGCGUUACGUCCACAUCCCCGACCACAUGAACAUUAUAGAGACAAUAGAGACCCAGCUCACCAAAAUACACCGCGUGCGAAACUUUGGAGCAAGCGGUGGACGCAAAGAAUACUCUAAGAAAAAAUAGUUUUAUGAGAAACUCAUGUUUGUCUUGCAAAUAUAUGAUUUUGUAAUGCGCAGUAUUCAUUUUAUUCAUAUUAAUGCAAUCAUGGAGCAAAAUGUAACGCAUAGUUUACUUUGAAAAUGUUGCUAGUUGUUGAGCUCAGGAAAAGUGUGGGAAAAGUUAUUUCUGUUUAGUUUGCACUAUAGUUGUUUGAAAAAGCAGUAAACGAUGACAUAACCAUUGAUUGAUGAGUUCCUUAAGUUGACAUUGUGUUUGUUUAAACAACACAUCUUUUUACUUUUAAUAUUUGUUCUGUCUCUUAAUUGCGAUGUCAAUAUCUCUCAACCACAACUAUCUUUUAAUCCCAAUAAUUGUUUAUAUGUAAAUAUUGGUAUUUUACAGCCUUUGUGCAAUUCAAAACAUUGUUUGCAGUGUAAUGACUGUUUUUGUUAAUGUCUUUUGUUGCUGAAGUUUCAUACGAUCAGGAUUGGUGAUAGUUUCAGACGAUCAUAUAAAUAAUUAGAACAGUCCUGGAUUGGAUUGGACAGUAAUCUUCUAACAUGGCAAACUGUUGGGGAUAAAGAUAUAUAAUUAUAUAGUAACUUGAACUGUAUGUAUACUGUACAGUAUAACGAGCUCUCAAAUUAGUACUAAUUUAUAGUUAGCCAAAAAAUGAAAAUUUACUCAGACCAUCCAAGAUAUCAUAAUAGAAUUGUAGAAAUAUAGCUUCACGUCACUUGCUCACUAAUGGAUACUGUGCAGUGAAUGGGUGCCGUCAGAAUGAGAGAAUGAACUGAUAAAAACAUAACAGUAAUCCACAAGUCAUCAAUUAAUGUCUUCUAAAACAAAAACCUGCAUGUCUGUAACAGACAAAUCCAUCAUUAA